AAAAACACCUUACAGCGCGAAAUUCAGGAUUACACGCAUAAGCGGCAAGGGAACAGCAACGUGACGUGGGGCCAAACCACGUCACGUCACCUGACCUGACCUUCCGUUUAUCUUCCAAAAUAAAGAAAUGGAAAAACCCAGAACAGAAGAUGCGGUGGAUAAUGCCAUAUCAGAGGAUAAACCUAUGGACUCAUCCUCGACAUCAUCAUCACAGGUUGAUUCUCAAAAUAGGGAGUCCAGGAAUAUGAUUAUGAAUUCGAGCCGAAUUGCAAAAAGUUCAGAUCUAACCCUUCAAAUACCUCCAAGGCCCGGGGGUUUUGGGAGCAGCCGUAGCGGCAAAGGUUUACUCCAGUCUCCAAGUGUCGUAAAUGGAAAUUCUUCAGGUGGAGGCUUUCUUCGGGCUCUAAGCUUUAAGAAGAGGACCACUGCAUCAGAUGGCGAAAGAAGCUCUCUCCUGAGUUCAGAUCCUAAGGCUGAAAGCCCCCUUUUUGCCAAUCUCAUGCCCAAAUUUAAUUGGAAAAGGUGUACUUCCCUUCCUGUCACUCAUGCAGCAGUUCUGUCACCUCAAGUUAUUACACCUACAUCAGCAAGGACUCUAAGCGAAAGGCAAAAGUCACACAUAAGUGCUUCGCAAGCUACUGUUUCGAGGUCCCUCUCAGUACCUGGGAGGAAUAUUGUUAUUGUAAGGUCAUCAUCUUUUGCUACCCGUGAAAAUCAGGAUCCAGACGCUGACAGUGAUCAAAUUACUCCUGAUCCUGUCCACGAGGAUCAAGAGAUUCCUGAAGAAGAAGCUAUCUGCAGGAUCUGUUUCGAUACCUGUGACGAAAGAAAUACACUCAAGAUGGAGUGCUGCUGUAAAGGUGCACUCCGACUCGUUCAUGAAAAUUGUGCAAUCAAAUGGUUUAGCAUAAAAGGAAACAAAUUAUGUGACGUAUGUGGUAAAGAAGUUUCAAAUUUACCGGUGACUUUGCUUCGGGUGCCAAAUACUCAAAGAGAUAACAGGGAGCAGAACCAACAGGGUCUGAAUGCGACAAGUGCUUGGCAAGACUUUGUGGUGCUCGUCUUGAUAAGCACAAUUUGCUAUUUCUUCUUCCUUGAGCAGCUACUGAUUGGUGAGAUGAAAAAUCAGGCACUUAUAGUUGCUGCACCGUUCUCUUUUACCAUAGCUCUUGUAGCCUCUAUUUUUGCAGUCAUCUUAGCUAUUAAAGAGUACGUAUGGACUUACGCAGCUCUUCAGUUUGCACUUGUGGCUGUGAUUCUCCAUCUUUUCUAUUCAAUGCUUCACUUGCCACCUGUUUAUGCAAUCCUCCUAUCAGCAGUCUUAGGAUUGGGAGUGGCUAUGAGUCUCAACUCGUUGUAUAUUCGUUACUUUUCCUGGCGGGUUCGAGUUGCUGAAAACUCUAACCUAGUAUGAUUGUAUACCUGAGAUAGAUGAGAUUGGUCACAUGUGCACUGAUAGCAAAUCAUCCAAGGGCUAAAGUGGAAGUUUCAAAUCCACUCAUCGAUGAAAGGAGUCAUCGAUGAUUGUCAUGCUAUUAUGAAGAGAUCUUGCUGACAGUUGCACGGUGAUGGCCUCGGGUACUCAGCCAGCUAAUCAAGACUACAUUAUUGAUAUUAUUAGUAAUAUUAUCAGUAGCGGGAGUUGUUAUUUUCUCAUGAUUUGAAUCGCAAAGAUGUAUUGCUUUUUGCCUUUUGGCUGCUUGUAGAGUUGCCAUGUUCCACGAAUCUUAGUAAAUGUAGACAGUGCAUGGUGCAGUCCUCUUUCUGUAGCAAAAUUUGGUGGGGGCAAUAUUGCCACCCUUGUGCCAGUCUUGACAUAUGGGUAAAAAGUGUAUAAUUCACAUUUUCCAAGUUCUAUUACAAAGUGGUCAUUCUUGUGAAAGUAA